UUGUAUGCAUACAUUGUAACUUCUUUACGUUCAAUUCACUCAACCAUCUUAAAUAUAUUUUGUUAACACUUAACCAUGAGUCGCGCCAGUGGCUUAAAAUCCGGCACAGCUCGCACAAGUCGGAGUAACAAGACCAAUCGCUCCAUACUCCAACCCUCCUAUCAAAUCUAUUGCGUCAAUUUCUACGACAACGGCCUAAAUGCUGUGCGCGAUGAGUUUGUGAAACGGGUAAAGGAUGGCCUGCGCCGGUCUGUGUUUGUCAUUGAUUUGGAGACUGAAGUCCAGGAGGCUAUACUUUUUAACGACAUUAGCAGACGAUCCUCGAAAUUCAAGAAGCCAAGUUUUAUACCCGAAGAACCCUUGGAUCUUGCUCUGUUGCGCAUUCGAAACUGUUUGGAUGACUAUGAAAAGGUUUCUCGACAAAUUGAAGCUGAGCUUCAGUUCGACAUUUAUCAGUAUUGGAUUAAAAAUAUGCCGGCAGAUCUGAAAGAUCGAUUCGAGCCGAAAAAGGAACCAAAGAAAUCAAAAGGCGGCACGGACACAAGACGUGGUUCGCAAAAAACAGCCAAGGGCACCAAGUCAAAAGAGAAUACCAUCACCGAUGACUACACUUUGGGCGAAAUAAUGUGCUUCGGCAUGAUGUCCAAGGAACACAAUAAAGUUGGUAAAGGAAAUCCAUUGUCGAAGCGCACAUACAUCAAGGAUGAGCCGCUGAAUUCAAAAAUUAUUAUCGCAAUUAUUGGUAAUUUGGAUAAUAUGAAUAAUGACUUUUACAAGAAAUUAAUCGAUAACCGACAGCCAUUGCGAGCGAUCAUACACUUUUUGCCAGAGGACUGUGCCUACGACCAUUUGGUGCCCCGACCUCGCCGUGAGAAGUUCCUGCAGGACAUUGUGGAGAAGAUCCAGCGAGACAUACACUCGCUGCGCAAACGCUCGGCCACGAAGCCGGUUGGCAUAUUUCAACAGCAACUGCCACAAAUGUCGAUGUGCUUGGCGGCCAAGUAUUCGGAUGACAUCUUCGAUCAGCUUAGUUGGUAUCUGUACGAUGUGCACACACUGCGUGAGCAGUACGUGGACUAUUAUAUAAAGCCGUACCACGAGAUCAACGUUAAGAUGAAUCCUGCGACAAAUCUGUUUGACAAUUUCCACAUGGCCGAGUCUUUGAGUAUACAGGGGCAUUAUCUGAAGGCGCCGGUGCCCAAUGCUUAUAACGAUGACACCACCGUCUAUAUGUAUAUGGAAUCGCUUAUGAGUACGUUUGGCAAUCCUCGUGAGCUUAUGACUGAGAUGGAAGUGCUUCUACUGGCAAAUCCCUCGCCCUCUGUGCAGACCAAAGUGCUCGACAAAAUUAAGGUCUAUGCUAACGCUUUCAAGAGCAUACUUAAGUUGUCGAAGACGGAACGUCUAUUCGUCGAAGAAGCCAAUCCGCUGUUGCACAACAUCAUUUCCUACAUGGAUCAUACAUUUAUGCGAAACAUAUACCAUGCCUGCUUGGAGUACAACAUUCUGCGACGCUACUUCACCUCGGGCUACAUCAUUGACUCGUUGAAGUACGAGCCCUACAACGGCGAAGCGGAGCCCAGAUUCCUGCCCAAAUACGCCAAGUUGCUGCUGACCAAUGAUGCGGUUGACCAGCGGAUAAUCGAACUGAUCGACGAAUACGAUGACUACACCAUCGAAGUAGUUCACCCGAAUGUCCGACUCUACACCUUUAAGCGCGCCCUCAACGAGGUCUUUGAGUAUCAGAAGCAGAUUGUUAUACCCACCCGAUUGUGCUUUCGAGAUUUCACACUCUACGAAAUGGAGCAGUUCCUGCGAGAUCUGGUAACGCCGGAAAUGUUUCAGGAGGAAGUCGAAGCCGCCCAAGCAAAUGCCAAUAUCUUGACCCAAAACCUAAGUGUUGCAACGCUGGCCGCUUCCGAGUUCGAAGCAUUUCAAUUUCGUUUCAAGGACGGCCAAGCAAUCAAAAUAGACAUCAAUUUCUUCGUGCGCCCCAAUUCGCUGAAGGCUCGCAAAAUUGCAGAGCUCCAACAACAGACGACGCAAAAUCAAACGCAGAGUACCACCAAGUCGCAUUCCAUAGAGACAGUGCCAUAUUAUAAAACGCACCGAGCAGAUGAAUCGAUUCUAACAUCCAGGGGUAAUAACGUCGAGCGCAAAUACGAUUACAUUGGUCUAGGACCCGAACAUCCGAUGCUCUAUGGCUAUAAUUUGGAUGAUACGCGCCAAACCAUCAAGGUUAAAACCUCGAAAUACUAUUUUGAAGAAGGUCUCAUAGAGUUGUACGAGGAAAAGUGGAACUUCCGCCAGAUGAACAAAUGCCUGACGCUGCAAAUCGAUGGACAGAAAUUACAUUUUGCAAAUGUUAAGGGUGAUGCGACCAUUGUGGAGCCCAAUGUACGUCUCGAGUCCGAAAAUGGGGUUAGCCUGCGGGUAUUCCCCACCAGCAAGGAGUGCGCCAAGGUGCUGCUCAACUACCCCAACGGCCUGAGCGUUUACUGUCACGACACGCAUGCGGAGCAAUUGUGGAAUCUGCAGGAGAACGAGCUGGACGAGCGUCGACGAAUCUGCACACCCUACGGCUGUACUAUUGUGUUCUUCAGCAACGACGACAUGGUGCUAAUAAUGCGAUACAAUGGCGAAGUGUAUCGGCUCUACAACUAUUUGGAGCCGGACAAGGAGGAGGAGGAGGACCUCAGCUCAGAAUUCAUCAAUGCGUGCUCAACCAAUUCUGCUUACAGCAGCUACCAACCAUUGGCCACCUCUACUGCUGAUACCACUGACCCAGUCAGGAGAGCGAAGCCGCGUACCACCCGCAUUUUCGGAGGCGCCAGCGAUGGCACCGAACCCAGCAAGCACUCCCUUCUUCAGCGCCGCGCUUCGAAAACGGGUGCGGGUGGGAAGGGUGCCGGUCGCAAGGCGCGUCAAGCACGAAACAACCAGGCGGCUGCCCUUUUCGCCAGCAUAGACUGCGAGCUCAACUUCUUGAAGUUCAUUACGGCUCUGUAUAACAUAAACUAUUUGUCCCUGAAGUUAACCACAUCGAUGGGCAGUACGGUGCAUGUGCAGAAGAAUGGAAAGAUUGUCUGCGGGAAACCCUUUCUCAAUACGGAAUGGCACGAUUACUAUGCCAACGAGAGCUACUCCAUGCGCGAGGAUGGUGUGCGUAUGCUUUGGAAGGCCGACGAGAUGAGAUGCUAUCACAGCGAUGGAACCGUCAUUACAAGCACCGUAUCGGUGGGCUGGGACGCUGGGGUUCUCGGAGACGAGUUCGACAAGGAUAUAACACAAAGCAGUUCCCACGAGGGCCAUAAAGCUGCUAAAGUAACAAGUCCACGGGACGACUCAAUUCAUUCGCAAACGAUAUACAUUAAUGCGCCAACGGGAACACCAUUUAGCCUGAUCAGCCGUACGUCGGUAGAAGGGGAGAAUGUUUCUCGUGGCGAUAGCGUUUCAUCGAUCAAAGCAAAGGAAAAGGGUGGUGGCAUUGAUGAUUAUUUGGUUUCGGAGUUCGAAGAGGAGAGCAUCACCCAUGACAUGAGCUUCAUCACUUAUACGGCAGACAGCUAUCUGAUACAACACAAGCUGUAUGCAGGAAUUUACUUCAAUUUUACGCACAUAAAUCCGGUGGAUUUGAGACUCGAAACUGAAGUAUUUGCGGCAGAUGACUUGCAUAUACGUAUUACCCAAGUCUCGCCAUACGAAGUUAUAACGCUGGAUGGGGGGAUGGGGGGACAGAGCUUGUUAAGUGUCAUACCGAGUGAUGCCUUUUUGCAUCAACCGGUACGGGAGCCGACAUUAUCAUCAGAGGCUGAUCCGGACGAAUGGACCCAGCCCAAAAUGUCGCCCGUCGGAAGAACACGCAGUGCUCAAGCACCACAAGAUCGCACAAUUGUGGAAAUUGACGGACACAACCUGCGUAUGACAAUUAACCAAGCAGACGUGCUGCUGAAGACGCAGCUCCGGAAAUUCGGAUGCGAUGAAAAUGCGCUAAUUGUGCACGAUGAGUUGCAAUUAAGCAUAUCUUUUGAACAAAGUCUGUCUACAACUUUUCGCUCUUGGGUUGAAACGCUUGAUAGAUUUAUAAAUUGUCACUGCCCCAAGCUGAAGACGAAAUAUUUUGUGGAAUUCUCAGGAUAUGAUUGCAAACAAAAGGGUUUUGAGCUGUUUCGCAAGGUUCCGCCAUUAAGUAACUACAAUUUCUGUGCCGGAAACUAUCUGAUCGAUAUAGAUCAGCUUCGAACAAUUAAUGAUAAAAUGUCAAACAAAUUCGAGUGGUUUGAAAAGGACAUGCAGAAGUACCCACGUUUUCCACUACAAAGGAAGGUGUCAGAAAUUGUAGACUUUCCUUCCGUAUUAAGCACCAAGGUAUUUGUUGAGAUACCGGCUCAGCUGGCAAAUACAGAUCGCAUACACCAGUUUGCGGACCCCUUCACCAAAAUCAAUUUUCGCAAAUUGAAAAACCGUUUCAAUGAAGCGGUUCUCUUUCAUCUGCAUCCACGUUUACGUUCACUCCUGCAUCAGGAGAUCAGCAAACGCAGCUGGAAAAACCACCUUAGAGAUCAUAAGCGUCGCCUGAUCCUAGAACAACAGCGCCUCAGUCUCUACAUGGCUAUGCUGAAGCACAAAGUAUACCCAAACUACUUCCAAUUCAAGGAUCAAUUCUACUACCAUGUUCGAAACAUAGACUUUUUCGAAUUCAUGGCCUCCAAAUGCAGCGAAAAAGCAAAUCCCGAUAGGUAUCAAGAGCAGGAGCCCCAGAAAGAAGAACAACCGACCGAAAUGGAGAGCUCAGCCAGGGGGAGGAAGUUGCGCAAGAAAUGUUUGUGCCCCAAAUACAUCAAAUCAUUGCAAUAAACAUUUAUAUGAACUAAAGAAAAACUCACCAAAUACGUAUCCAACUGUUGAUGCGGCGUUCACAAACACACUGCUUCUUUCAUUGUUAAAACAAAUGUGCGCGUAGCAAUGUCAGAGUAUAGGAACACACGUUAUUGAAAACACAAAUCAAAAUAUAUCCAAUUCUUUUUGAUAAAUAAAUAAUUGUAAUUUUUUAGCAACAUAAGCAACCAAACAAUAAAAAAAAAACCCGCGA